AUGAACUCUCUUCAGGGUGGAAAAUUCAUAGUUGGAAUAGAUUAUGGGACCACAAAGACCUGCGUUACAUCUGCGCUCUACGAUCCCACCAGGCCCGCCAUGACCAGAAUCGACUUGGUCCGUUUUGAUGGUGAAGUGGUUGCUCCGUCUCAAAUUGCCUAUGACGGCCAUGGCAACUGUUAUUGCGGCGAAGAAGCGGUCCGUCUGGGUAUGGGCUAUUCAUGGACUAAGAUCCUUCUCGACGAGCGGCAGCAUCACGGAGGUUUCCAUUCCAAAUUACUCAACAGCCCCGUCAAUACCAGAUUUUUUAAGUUACCACCCAAUGAGAAAUGCGAGAAAAUCAUCUGUGACUUCUUGGCUCACCUUCUACACCAUAUCCAGUCAUUUCUUCGAGACAACUACGGAAAUAUUCCACUGCCAAUCGAAUUUUGGUUCUCUGUUCCAGGAUCUUGGAGUGAAACGGCGCGAAAUAAAAUGACUAGGGCCAUUGAAUGUGCUGGUUACAAUUUAGAGGGCCGGAAUGCCGUAUACAUGGUAUCUGAAGGGGAGGCGGCAGCUCGUUUCAUUUGGCAGGAACUUCCAGCUCACCAGGUUGUCCUACUCUACAGACCUAACCACUUCCCUCAUUCUUCUUUGCCAAUAUAUCCUUGGAUACAGGCCCAUGGAAUGUUCAUGGUAGUCGAUGCCGGUGGUGGUACGACGGUAUGUGUGUGGGUGUGCAAACCAGAUAUGAGCUUAAUUCUAACGAUUGAUGAGGACAUAACAACAUUCUCUAGUCAGACGACACUCCAUGGCCGCGCGUUUAUACAGCAAAUGGCCAGUGUCGGCCUACAUCUUGGCGGUGCAGAAAUUGACUGUUCCUUCGUUUCCUAUUUGGAACCCCAAAUAUCCCAGGCAUACCAGAAAAGGUUGCAACAAGAUCCCCAGCUAUUUGCUAAAUUCAUGGGAGCAAUUGAAAAUUUGAAACUGCACAUGAAUGGUACACUUAUGGCAUCAAAUUCAGUGGCUAUAAACAGUGCGGAAGCGGGGGAACAAGGCCGGAUGAUCAAGACAAUUUUCCUUGUCGGGGGGUUGACCCAGUGCGGGUACAUUGGUACAAAACUUCGCCAUGAAUUGCAAGCUCUUGGAAAUGUAACUGUAGUAACGCUACAAGCAUACACGCCGCACAUGGUUGCGUAUGGGGCAACCCUACGUGGCCUUGCGGGGGCAAGCCAAGUUUCUGUUAAGGCCAUCCGAAGCUAUUGUCUGGAGUCAGUAGCUCCCCCUGAUACUGAUAGUAGGCCAGGUGCGUGGGGUAUAUAUUCGACUCCAGGGGCCCCUCGAUGGGUUAUUAGACAGGAUGAGCUAUUCAAGUUAGGCGACAGAGGGGUCGUUAAUUUGGGACUUCUCCAUGUAGAAGGGGAGGCCCUAACCAAGUUUGUGAAGAUAUUCUCAUGCUGGCGGCAGGAUAAUGAAGGUCCCCCGGAGAGUAUUGACGGAAGAGUCGAGCAAGCUGGGGUUGUUGGUUGUAGCCUUGCGGGAACCCCGCUGGCAAAUUCAACGCAGCAAGUUAUCGAGGGAAUCCCUCGCUAUUACAUUCCGCUGAGAGUUACUUGGACCAUUGGAAUGGAGGAACCCGUCCAAAUUGAGUUCGUUGUGUCGACUCAUGGCAGACAAAUCGGCAGAGCGGCCGUUAGUCUUGCGUGGGCCCCUCAAGUGUAA